GACACCCCAUCCUGUAGGACGCCAUUUUCACAGCCCCAGCCGGAACAACCCCUUUGCCAGGCUAUCGUGGGCAAUGUGAUGACCGUGGGGGGUACUAGGGUUGCCACCUGGCCAGUUUUUGUGCUGCCUUGCCAGUUCAAAGAUUUAACGUGCCAGGAUUUUGUUUGUUUCACAUUAGAGCGCUCUGCAGUUCUCGUCCCUGGAGUCCAGACUGUGGUGCCGGGCUAGCAGUAAGAUCACAGGAGGAGCAGGCGCCGGGCAAAACAGGAAUUUCCCAGGCACGCGGCUCGUGCAUUUCACCUCGCCUUAGAUCAUCACCAGAGAACCAGCAUUAGGGGCACCGGGUGAAGCACAGCCAGCAGCUCGGCGUCAUUGCGGCUGGACAAUGCGAGUCCCUCGGGAACGUGUCCCAUGAGCUGAGCCAACGCACCGCCAGGACCCGAGGGGUCUGGAAAGGCCGGGUGUGAGAUCACAAUGUCCCAUAGAAACAGGAAACCCCACAACCAUGUUCGAGAGCUCACCAGGAACAUGGAUCUGGCCAGGUUACGCUCCCGUCCACAGAAACUGAGCACCAAGACCCUGCAGGAUGUGCGGGAUGCGCUGGAGAAGUGGGGGGUGCUGGACGAGGAGCUGGGAGCCAGCUUUGAGCGGGCCCUGGUGGAGUUCCCCCGGGAGCCCCGGUGUGUGAAGAGCAAUGCCCGGAUGGUGAUCAGGCAUGACCACACCGAGCUGGUGUUUGUGUCGGGCCAGGGGGAAUGCGAGAUCACUGUGUCUGAAGGCAUCAGGGAGCCCUGCUAUGAGGUGAAGGAGCCCACGGUGACGGUGUAUUGGGAGAGGCUACGCGCUCGCCCACAAAGGCUGAGCGUGGGGAGCCUGCAGAGAAUCCGGGAGAGGCUGGAGUCCUGGGAGGUGAUGACUGAGGAGCUGAGAUGCUCCUUCGAUCUGGUGCUGAGGGAAUUCCCCAAGGAGCCGGAAUGCAUCCGGGACAACCCCAGGAUGUGCGUUGCCUGGGACGAGACGAAGCUGCGGCUGAUCUCCGAAGAUGGGGACUGUGAGGUCUCUGUGACCUGCUGUGAUGGGAAGCCCAGCUAUGACGUGAAGGUGAAGAGCUGGGCGAUGUAUCAGGAGAGGAUGCAUCUCUCUGAACAGCCACUGAGCAUUGAGAACCUGGAGGGCGUGCGGAGGGAGGUGAGGGGUCUGUCAGGGACUCCCGAGAAGGUCAAGGAGGCCUUGAACGUGGCCAUUAGGGAUUUCUCCGCUGAACCGGGCUGGCUGCAGGAGAACGCCCGGCUGGUCAUUGAGUGCGACGGGGGUGAGAUGGUUUUUGUCUCCGGGAAAGGGGAGAAUAAAGUGGACGUGUGCACCAUUGACAGGAAGGUCAGUUACAAUGUCAGAGCCACCACAUGGGUGACUUUCCUUAGGAUGUUGCGGAAACUACUCCCCAAGCUCCCCGAGGCCUUGCUGAAGCUCAUCCCCAUCUUAGGCCAAGUCCUAUCAAUGCUGUUGGGAGCGUCGUGAGAUGACUGGCCCAGACCCCACUCACUUCCCAGAGCCGGGGACAGAACCCAGGCACAGGCAUGUGACCCCCGGCUCUGCCCCAGGCCCCACCUCCACUCCACCCCUUCCCCCAAGGCCACACCCCCACCCUAGUCCCACCUCUUCCCACCCUGCUCUGUCCCUGCCCCCCCAGCACACCACAUCCUCUCUCCCCCCUCAACCUCUUGCAUGCCACCAAACAGCUGUUUGCGGUGGGCAGGAGUGGGGGGGGGCGAGGGGGAGGUGCCAAUAGGGGGGCUGCCAGUGGGUGCUCAGCACCCACCAUUUUCCCCCCCCCAUGGGUGCUCCAGCCCCAGACUACCAACAGAGUUGAUGCCUAUGAACCCAGGAGUCCUGGCUCCCAGCCCCCGCUCCCCCGCUCUAACCACUAGACCCCACUCCCCUCCCAGAGCCAGGGAGAGAACCCAGGAGUCCUGGCUCCCAGCC